AUGGUCGCAGAUCUCCCGCUCACCACCAUUCCUCCAUCGAGGCCACACACACAUACCGUCAUAUUGCUACACGACAACCGCAUUUUCGCGCGCGACACCGUCAACCAACUUCACGAAGCUACUGACCUUUCAUGGCGAUCCAUUAUCCAAAACUUUGCCUCGACCAGGUGGGUGUUUCCCCAAGCUCCUACCGACGAACCCCUCAUACCAUCUGUCUUGUCCAUCUCCACGGGAAUACAGCAUGGGGUACACAGAGGCCAGCCAAGCUGGUGGAGAGGAGAUAUGAAUGACGGUGACGAAGAACGGCGGCUGCGAAACAUGCUGCCCGGACUAAGGGAGAGAAUUCGAGAGCUACAAAAGGUCAUACGGAACGAGGUUGUGAUGCUGGGCGGCCGCUGGGAUAGGAUCAUCUUCGGCGGGAUCGGCCACGGUGCAGGUAUGGCGCUGAUGGCGCUGAUGAGUCUGGAGGGUGACUCUUCAAUGGAUGUGGAUGGCAGCAGACCUCAGCGGCUGGGCAGCUUCGUGGGGAUAUCAGGACAGAUACCCGUGUCCGACAUACGACUCUCUUCGACACAGCAGCUUUUCAGUCCAAACCACAUUUCGCCCACGGAAAACCAGGUGCUGAAGAAGACGCCUUUGUUGCUGCAGUACUGUAGUAAUGGUGGGGAGGCGUACGUGGAGCAGGGCAGAACAUUCCGAGAGGUGGUUCUCGAGAGCGGCGUGGAGGAUGUUUGCUGGAAGGAGUACGAGGAUGCGUUUCCUUUUUUGAAUUCGCCGAGAGGGGUGGAAGAUAUGAAGGGAUUUUUCAGGGACAAGAUGAAUAUGCGGCCGAACUGGUGA